GCCGGAUGCGGACGGCACAUCCCCAAACCUGUUCGCCGGGUAGAUUCGCGUUACUUGCCGCCAAAAAAGACCUCAUCCAAUCCCCGUUUCGCCGCCUACCCGCUUCGAAAAACAGCACGCCCAAAGAGAGGUUCCCAGUCUCCCUCGAAACGAUCAGCAUCUGGCUCUGGCUCUGUCUCCCUUAGUAAGGACCCGGAAAUAGGCCAGGUUUCGAUCAACGAGGAGGAUGACCUCCCCAACAUGGUUGCGCCCCCGCAGAGCGACGUUCCAGUCGAACGAGCCAGACAGACCAUCGCGGCGUUUCGAUCUUCAUGCCUCGUUUCGGCCCGUCAGUGUGCUAUCUCGGGCAUGGGACGGUCUUGGUGUGUCAAUCCUAGUAUUGGCCCUGCUUUGCAGGCAUGUCAUAUUAUCCCCCAGCAGCAUUAUCAUUUGUACCCUGAUCCCGAAGCCGUUGACGGCCAAGUACAAGAUGAGAAUGCAAGGUGGAGUUCACGUCGUUUGAUGGAGGCUUGGGAGCGCACUUGGUCUCCCAAAAACGGCAUUCUACGUUUAAGCCACCUUCAUGAACUCUUUGAUGCGCGACUCUUUUCGAUCCACCCGACGACUCUGCAGAUUCCGGCAUUUGUGCCCUACGAUGUCAUUCUUCAGUAUCAUGGGCACCUUGCCAACGUACCACGAUCUGUAGAUCGGGCUGCGCUGCGCCAUCACUACGAGAUGUGUUGCAUCGAGAAUAUGGCAGCCGAAAUGGCCUUCGUGGAGCAAACGACG